UCAGCUGUGCGCCGGUCUCGCUCCCCCCUUUUUGUUUUCCCGAGGGCGGGGGGAACCAAGAUGGCGGAGCUGGGCAAGAAGUACUGCGUGUAUUGCCUGGCCGAAGUGAGCUCCCUGCGCUUCCGCUGCACCGAGUGCGCCGACAUCGAGCUGUGCGCGGAGUGCUUCUCGGCGGGCGCGGAGAUCGGGCCUCACCGGCGCUGGCACGGCUACCAGCUGGUGGACGGCGGGCGCUUCACGCUCUGGGGCGCCGAGGCCGAGGGCGGCUGGAGCAGCCGCGAAGAGCAGCUCCUGCUGGACGCCAUCGAGCAGUUCGGCUUCGGCAACUGGGUGAGGGAGAGGGGCUCCCGCCUCGGGCUCCGGCCCUCCCCGCACAGCGCGGGAGGGGCUCUUCUCGCGUUCCCUGGGCGCCCCCCCCCCCGGCCUCAUUCGCGUCCCGGGCCAUUUACCCUUUUGCGAUGCUUUCUGGACGAACUGUGGCCAAGAAUUUAAAAAUUUCCAAAGAUGGGUUAAAUAUCAUUAGAAAAUGCCAUUACUUGUCAGCUGAUUAGGACUUCAUCUGUCACUAUGCUAUGACUGGUGGGCUGAGUAAUUUUCAGCCAUCUCUAGAGGGUCCUGGCGGCAGUUUGAGAACCCAAGAAAAAAGGCACCAUUGGAUACAUUUAAUACUGUUCUUUUAGAGAGCUUCAGUUUAACGUGCAUGUAUCAAGAUGUGAAUUUGUGGGGAAAGGAAUGGACAGUUAGGGACUACUUGAUCUUGGUGUGUGCAUAUAACAAACUAUCAUUGCUGUUUGGGGUAAAUCCUUGGUAUGAACAAGCCCUAGCAUUCAUUAACACUAUUUAUAAGUAUUAUAAUGUGAAAUAUUACUCUCUAGUUUUAUGAAGGAAUGCCACUGCUCUUAUCUAGAAAUUGACAUUUAUUACAUACUGUAUAGGGAUGUGGGUGGCACUGUGGGUUAAACCACAGAGCCUAGGACUUGCCAAUCAGAAGGUCGAUGGAUCGAAUCCCCACGACGGGGUGAGCUCCCGUUGCUUGGUCCCUGCUCCUGCCAACCUAGCAGUUCAAAAGCAUGUCAAGUGCAAGUAGAUAAAUCGGUACCGCUCCGGUGGGAAGGUAAACAGAGUUUCUGUGUGCUGCUCUGGUUCGCCAGAAGCGGCUUAGUCAUGCUGGCCACAUGACCCGGAAGCUGUAAGCCGGCUCCCUCGGCCAAUAAAGCGAGAUGAGCGCCGCAACCCCAGAGUCAGUCACGACUGGACCUAAUGGUCAGGGGUCUCUUUACCUUUACCUUACAUACUGUAUAUGGGGUAAUCUUAUAAUUUUAAAGGUCUUCAUAUAUUUAAUUUUAAUUUUAUUCUAGGAAGAUAUGGCUGCUCAUGUUGGAGCAUCACGAACGCCUCAGGAAGUGAUGGAACACUAUGUAAGCAUGUAUAUACAUGGUAACCUUGGGAAGGCCUGCAUCCCUGAUGUUAUUCCCAACAGAGUGACUGAUCACACCUGCCCAACUGGUGGCCCACUUUCACCUAGCCUGACCAUGCCUCUGCCACCUCUAGAUAUCUCAGUGGCUGAACAACAGCAGCUGGGAUAUAUGCCACUGCGAGAUGAUUAUGAGAUUGAAUAUGACCAAGAUGCAGAGACUCUAAUCAGUGGCCUUUCAGUAAACUAUGAUGAUGAUGAUGUCGAAAUAGAAUUAAAAAGAGCUCAUGUGGACAUGUAUGUAAGAAAACUGAAGGAGAGACAGAGACGAAAGAACAUUGCCCGUGACUACAACUUGGUCCCUGCUUUUUUAGGCAAAGACAGAAGAGAUAAAGAAAAACCUUCAAAACGCAAAAUCACAAAAGAAGAAAAAGAGCUGCGGUUAAAAUUAAGGUCUCUCUAUCAGUUUAUGUCUUGCAAGGAGUUUGAUGAUUUCUUUGAAAACUUGCACAAAGAGAAAGUACUUCGAACCAAGAUUAGGGAACUACAACGAUAUCGGCGGAAUGGUAUAACAAAAAUGGAAGAAUCUGCAGAAUAUGAAGCAGCUAGACACAAACGAGAGAAAAGGAAGGAAAAUAAAAAUAUUGCUUCUUCAAAGAGGGGGAAAGAAGAUGGUAAAGAUGGGGAAUUUGCAGCAAUUGAAAACUUACCUGGCUUUGAACUGUUAUCUGACCGAGAGAAAGUGCUUUGUAGCUCUAUUAAUCUGAGUCCAGCACGUUACGUGACUGUUAAAACUAUUAUCAUUAAAGAUCAUCUCCAAAAAAGGCAGGGCAUUCCAUCAAAAAGUCGCCUUCCUAGUUACCUGGAUAAGGUACUAAAGAAAAGGAUUUUGAACUUCUUAACUGAAAGUGGUUGGAUAUCCAGGGAUGCCUCUUGAAUCUUGUUCUUUCUCCCUUGAAAUAGUAUGAACUAAUAGUCACUUCACUUGCUUAUCCUUUUCUUAAAACCUAGGAUUCUCUUGUAAAAGCUUAAAAUCCUAAACUGAACUGGAUUCUUCUGUAUUGAAUCAUGCAAAUGCUAGAUCGUACUUUGCGACCCAGACAGCUUCCUUGAGAGGAGGAAAUUGCUUUUAAAAUAAUUGUGGGAUAUGUGACUCACUUAUCUUUGACUAGUAUAGCAAAUGUGGCAGUAGUUACUGAGAUCCACCUCUGCUGUAGAAGCUAUUUGUGUGGAGAGGGGGAGACCUUCAGCUUCUUACAGACAUAGUGCAGAGUGAAGCUGCAGUCCUCUGUACACUUACUUGGGGAGUAAAUCUGACUGAAUUCAGAGGAACUUGCUGUUGAGUAAACUUGAAUAGGAUUGGGGUGCAUGUGUCUUUUACUAAAUCCUGGGUACUAAACUUCAAAAGCACAGAGAAAUUAAGAUUUUUAGUGAAGAUCCUUAGCUAUAAGCUAUGGUUCAUUGCCAAAACAAUAUAUUUUGCUGCAACAGUAGAAGAGCGUAAUGAACGCAAUUCAAGAGGGCAUUAAAGGGUAUCUGCUCACUUGCUUGAGUGUACACAUGGCAAUUUUAAGAGUAGACUGGCUCCACCAGCUAGCUGAAUGACUUGUCUUUGGCAAGUAACUGGCAUUGUGGUUCUGAAUGUAGUGGUUAGCCAGCAGCUCUACAUGACACUAUUUCUGUGACUAAAGACACAGAGUGAAGAAUCUUUGCAUGCACAAAGGUUUUCUCUGGAUUCAUGUAGAAAUCUCAUACACACACAUCCGUUACAUGGUGGUAGGCACUACCUGGCUCAGUAGAAUCCACUGUCACAAUAUGUGCUUAUGGGAAGUUUGCACCACUUGAAACUAUGACAGGUGGGUGGGAUCUUAACAGGUUCCUUGGUUUUUCAGUCUUGGGCAAGAAGCAAAAAUACUGAGGCUUUCUAAACUGCUGCCUGGAUUACAAAUUAUGCAGGCAGGCCUGAUCUAGGCCAAAUUGCCUCUUAACGCAGCAGGUAGCAUAGUUAGCAAGAGAGUAAGCUUGAAAAGGGUCGUGUCAAAUGCAAAUGCUCAUUUAUCAGCUGUUGAGACAAAGUAUAACUUUGCUGUUACCACAAUCCAGUCUGGCAUAGCUCAGUCUGGAGAGCAUGAAACUCUUCAUUUGCCUCAUGUUGGGCAAAAGAUUCCUGCACUGCAGGGGGUUGAACUAGAUGACCUUCAUGGUCCCUCUCAGUUCUCCAAUUCUAGGGCAGUUGACUGUGUGCCCAGGGGCCUUGUCCUAUAUACAAACUUAUGAAGUGGGGCUGUGGCUAAAGAACAGCUUCCUGUAUGGUGUAGAUGGAAAAAGUUUUUUUAAAAGCACUUCUACAAGCUCUCCUGUCCACAUCAAAGGCUUCAUUGGCUGGUGGUGAUAAUGCCUAGGGCUAAAGGGAUGCUUCUGGCCUGCUGAACUGUCUCUGGGCCUUGAAAACACUGAUCUUCAUGGGCAGCUCUACCAUAAGUAGGUUUCACCACCAGCUUCCUUGAUGACUGGGGUUUACUAACACAGUUACAGAAUCUUAACUAUUCAGGAUUACAGAUUAUUCCUCAAACUCCUGUGAAUUCAGAGUUGAUAUACACCUUACACAAAUUUCUGAAUUCUCCCACUUUAUAAACCACACCAGCAGGUGGAUUCAAUUUCAAAUGUGUCACCUCCCCCUAGUGCAAUGAAUAACACAUCAGAGGGAGGCAUAGCACAAACCUGUCACUGAUACGUGGCUCCUUACACAUCCAGUGGUCAGAAGUGUUCAGAAAGGACAUGCCAUUUGCCAUCUCAUUCUACUGCACCUAUAGAUCCAUUUAUCUGCUGUUGCAUGUGCUGCUGUUUAAUCCCUACUCUUUUUCAGCUGUAUACAUGUGUAGCUCGGCAGCUCUUGCACAUUCCACUUUCCGGCCACUAAUGGACUAGAAAUAGCACAAAGGUCCCUGAGGAAACAAUAGUGUUCUUCUUCAGUUUGUGUUCUCUUCUGAUUGACAAAGCAAAGAUUUUCUCUCAUUUUAUAUGUGACUUUAAUUAUGAUACUUUGUUAUUGACAAUAAGUCUACUCUGGUCAGAAACUAUGCAGUGUUUUAUGGUCAAUGCACUGUUCCAUCCAGGUCAGUCCAAUAGGACUGAAGCACAACUAACCCUAAGUGAUGACAGACAUGUUUUGUUAAUCCUGCCCUUCAAAAAACUGGUAAACUUUGUUAACAUGAGUGCCACUAUCUAAAUGUAUUCAUUUAGCUCUAGCGCCAUAACUGUAGUUUCCUGAAUGUUAAUACAUCUGCUAGACAAGGUUGAUGUAAGCCUUAUAUUUCAUUGGCAGCCCUUUUAAUGUUGCUUAAGAGGAGCAACUGGUGCUAAAUAUAACUUAUUUGAUAAUCUGAACAAUUUUUAAAUGUGUUAAUAUUUAUUACACUUCUGCAAAGGUCUUUACAGUGUGGCAUUUUCACAUGAAAGGAAACAUUCAUGCAAAGCCUCUUAGCGAAACUAUAGUGAAUAAAUACUUUAAUAU